AGACGCAAAAGACGGUGUACGUGACCAACAGAUGCAAGAUGAAGUAGGCGAAAUGACGCCGAGUUCCAGCUAGUCGGAAUUUAACAUCAACGGAGUGUAGAAGUAUAACGAUGGGAAGAUAGUGUGAACCAACGAAUCUUUUCUUUGUGCCUAAAGUAGACGUGACCGGCCGUUUUUUCCUCUUUAUUCACCUUAAUUUUCAACAGUUCAGUUUAAACCGAAAGGUUUUUUUUUUUUGGGUCUAACUCUUUUUUGAAAAACAUCAACAAAUAUGGUCGAAAGGAUUAUAGAAGAAUCUGAAAAUUAUGAUUGUAACGGCAUCGUGAUCAGUAGCAACGGUGACAGCAUCAGAGGCUGUAAUGGAGGCGGCGGAGGUGGCAGUGCCUCCGACAGCGGGGAUCAGAUGGACGCUGAUACCCGCGAAAGGGAACUAGCCCGUCGCAAGGAAGAGGCAAAAAGGAGACGCCGCAAGAAGAAACGUACCGGAUCAUCAUUGGUAUCAUCAUGUUUUCAAGAUCUAUAUAAAUUGACCGGUGAAGUUUUGGGGGAGGGUGCCUAUGCCUGUGUCCAAGCUUGCGUUAGUUUGUUCACCGAACAAGAAUUUGCAGUAAAAAUAAUCGAUAAGGUUCCUGGUCAUGCCAGAGCCAGAGUUUUUCGAGAAGUCGAAACUUUCCAUCAUUGUCAAGGUCAUCCAAACAUUAUUCAGUUGACGGAAUUUUUUGAGGACGAAGAAAAGUUUUAUUUGGUUUUUGAAAAGAUUAAUGGAGGUCAGCUCCUGAGGAGAAUUCAGGAAUACAAAUAUUUCAGCGAGGCCGCCGCAGCGGAAAUCAUUCGAGAAGUUGCUUCGGCGUUGCAAUUUAUGCACGCUAAAGGAAUAGCGCACAGAGAUUUAAAACCGGAAAACAUACUCUGUGUACACAGCGAUCGACUGUGUCCUAUCAAAAUUUGCGAUUUUGAUUUGGGAUCCGGUAUCCGCUUUCAAUCGAGCGUAUCCAGUCCUUUAGCUACACCACAAUUAUUAACACCGGUGGGUAGUGCGGAGUUUAUGGCGCCGGAAGUAGUGGAAGCAUUCAUCGGUGAAUCCGAAACCACGUCCUACGAUAAAAGAUGCGAUUUAUGGUCAUUGGGCGUCAUCAUGUACAUCCUACUGUGCGGAUAUCCGCCUUUUUACGGAAAAUGCGGCAGAGAUUGCGGUUGGGAGCGUGGAGAUAAUUGCAACGCUUGCCAGGAAUUGUUAUUCCAAAGCAUCCAAGAAGGAAGGUACGAUUUCCCGGAACCUGAAUGGGAUACCAUAUCAGAUGAAGCGAAAGAUCUAAUUUCCUCUCUUUUAAUAAAGAACGCUAGGGAACGCAUAAGCGCCGAAAAGGUAUUGAAGCAUCCAUGGCUUCAGUUCGCGAGCGAUACAGCCGCUCUCACGACCCCGGCUGUCAUCAAGAAAAACAACUCCGUUUUAGAACUAUCCCAGUUUGCGGAGUCUGCAAUGGCUGUGAAUAGGGUGGUGCAACAACAUUUCAGUAUGAAAUUGGAUUAUUUGGAAAGACCGAAUAUCUACGCGCCCGAUAAAAGACCGUUGAAGACAUGCGCGUCGGCUAAAUUAUUCGGUUUAAGUCCGCCGAGCGAAAGUAAUCUUAUGCGCAGGCGUAUCAAAGGUGGGUCCUGUCAGAUUCUAAUGCCAGCGCCGGCGCCAGCCAUACCCAGUCCAAGCGGUUGAUGUUGCCCAUCUCUUCGAAAACAAAAACGUGUUUGAAAUUUUUGAAAUUUAAUUUUUUUUCAAUUUACUCUAUUAUUUUUUUUUGGCAUUCUUACAGAGAUAAUUCAGUUUAUAUUCGCGUUGUGUUCGAUACUAUCAACAUGACGCGACAAGUUACUGUUUGUUUUCAUUUUGUAUUUUUCUAUUGUAAAGCUGAAUGGAUCAUGAUAUUGAGGCAUUUAUAAACCAGCAAAGAGGAUCCCACCACCAACAACGAAUUUAUAUGUCGGCGUGAGAACCUUAAAGUUAAUUUAGUGCGGGUCAUAAACAACAUAAAAAUUACUUGAGUAUGACAAUAAUUAAAAAAAAAAUAACGACGCUAAUAUACAGUUGAUUGAAUUACUUGCAAAUUAUUAAUCAGUGGUUGGACAAAUUCAUGCCGAAAACAAUUUGAAAAAUAAAUUCAUUCUCAUUGUAUAAUUGGUUCAGGAGUUUAUAUAACAUAGCCACCACUACUUUUUUAAAAAAAAUUGCUUGCGGACCAUCCAAAAAGUGGAACGCGAAAUUUUCAACAUCUGAUUUCUACAAAUGAUUAAAAUAGUCCCUUAAACCCAUUCUAAUAGAUUUCGUAAAUGAUUUUACCAAUCAUUAUUAUAAUUAUAACUCCUGACCCAAUUAUGAUUUUUUUUCAAUUGUUACCAAUAUCAGAGCAUGAAUUUGAAUAAAAUCUCACGCAUAAUUGAGUUGAUACCAUUUCGAAUAUUCGUUCAAAAAAAUUUUUUUUUCAUUGUUCGAAUAUUACAAUAAAUUUUUCUUGUACAGUAGAUGUAGUGUUGGUAUAUAUUUGUUUAAAAAAAAAAUAUCAUUUCGCCAACUCGACAUUAAUUUACAUUAUACAGGUAGGGGCGAUGCGGUAUAUUUAUUAUCCCAUCGAAUAAACAUUUCUAACAGGGUUGAAAAAAAUAUAUAUAUCUCAGUUCAGGUGAAAAAUAAAUUUAGGGAUUUGAAGUACUUUAUAAGUACAAUAAAAAAAAAUUAAACGCCUCAUUAAUUAGAUUAAUUUUGUCUACAGUACCAUACUUUUAGUAAGUAAUUAGGGUUAAGGUGUAAAAUAUUUAAGGCUAUCGAGAGGCUAGUUAUUUCGAAAUUAUGCUGUAGAUGGAGUUUCGCUUGAUAACGGGUGCGGUUGCGUACAACUAGCUUGAAAUUGUAGUCCGAUAAAAUGGGGGGUUUUAAAAAAAAAAGGAAACAGUCUUAACAAAAUUUUAAUAAUAAUUAUAGUGUCUCGAUCAUUAUUAUUAUUAUAUGAUUCUUAUUAAAUCGUACAUUUAUAGCGUCUCGAGGCAAUACAUCUUGUAACAUACCAUUCGAUUUGUUACUUUUUUAUUCAAACAUUCUUUUGUUUUUGUAUUGUGGCACAGUAGUCACUUCCGGUUUAUUUAUUCUAAGAAUCGAGAUUUGAAGAAAUUGAUUUGUUAUCAACCCCCCCCCCUUUUUUCGAGAAAUUCAAUAAAACCUCAGAAUCUAUGCUAAAUCGUUCUCUAUCUACCAAUACUUCAAGUCAAAGAUUUUAUUCUUUAUAUUCGAUGAUAAGUUUUUCAAAUAUUUUUUCAACUUUGUUUUUUUAUUAUAGUGCUCACAAAAUUCCAGUUAUUUUUAUGGAUUUGAUUUUGUUUUAAGCAAAUUUUGUAUUUUAGUAUUCGUAUAAAUUAAUUUAGAUAUUUAUAAAACUUACCAGCGAAUAUAAAGAAUAAAAUCACCCCAAAUUUAUUUUGGUUUAAAGUGUAGGUAAAUAGAGGACGAUUUAACAUAAAUUCCGAGGUUUUAUUGAAUUUCUCUAAAGAAUUGGGGGAUUAUUGUGCCACAAUAUUUGGGAAUAAAGGAAUGUUUGAAGCCGAAUGGCAUGUUACAAUGUACUAUAAACAAGGGGACACAACUAAAGAAUUACUGCCAAAGAAUGUCUUCAAUUUUAAAGUUUUUAACAACCACAUUUUAUUAUAGAAACUUAUUUGAGGCUAAUUAUUUUUUUUGUGAAAACUAAUGCUAGAGCAGCUAUUAUUAAUUGAAGAGUUUCUCUACUCAUUUCUAUUGAAUUUGACAAUCUUACUAACAUUAAUAAUUGUACAUACAACCAAAUAUCUAGUUUCAAAAAUCCUCUAUAGAUGUAAGAUUGAAUGUAUAUAUGGUAGCAUUUAUCGAUGGACAACCUCGUACUCGCACUGUUCUCUUUGGUACUUUGCAAAUACGACAAGAGCAGUUGAAAGUAUAUCUGAUAUUCUUCAGAUGGUACUUCACCUAACAGUGUCCACUAACUCUCCAUAGCUACCGUUUGUUCAAUGAACCAAUUAGUAACCAAACGAGCUACUAAUCUGGACACUCUGCAGCUUUCUUCUUCUAGUUUUAAGAAGAUUGAAUAAAAACGAAGUAUCAUUUAUCGAUGGACAAUAAUUGUACUUGCAGAGGAGGUUCCACCGUUAGCUUUGGUUCCUGGUUACAAUGCUUUCCAGGUGGUACUUCACCUGACAGUAUUUUUAACUUUCCAUAGCUACAGUUUGUUUAAUGAACCAAUGAAACUAAUCUGGGUACUCUGCAACUGACUUUUUGCUUGUUUUAAGAAAAUUGAAUGAAACAAUGAAGAUUUCUCGAUGAACAACCUCUUACUUGCAUAGAAGGUUACAUUGUUUGCUUUAGUUCCUCGCGACAAUGCUUUCCAGGUGAUACUUCACCUGACAGUGUCCAGUAACUCUCUUCUUUGUUUAAUGAAAAGAACUUUUGGAUCCGGUUAGUAGAAUAAAUAGUAAAUCUCUUCGAUUGUAUCAGACCUGGGGUCUUUCUCCAUGUUUUUAUAUCCUACUGUGGAAACCUACAAAAAGUUGUAGUCAGGUGAUUAGUUUCUUUAUUUCGGUGAAGCUGGGUACCAACUAAUCGGUCUUGAAUUGUUCCUUCAUUUAAUUUUUUCUAUGAAUGAAGUAAUAGGAGGUAGAGGGCGAUACUGGAACACUGUUGAGUUGUAGAUAUAAAAAAUUUAAAUCAAAUAAUUAAACGGUUAUUUUUAAGUGUUAAUAACAAUGUUUAUAUAUGAAAUAUGUGGUAUAAUGAAAACCUGAUGAGCAAUAUACAAUAUAGAGGAUUGUUUUUUGGUAGUUUAAUUCUGUGGUAAAGUUAUGAAUCAAUCGGGCCAUGUUCAACUAUAUAAUGCCUUAAUAUGAAUUGAUGGUUCAGCUGUGGCCUAGAUAUAUAAAUAUAUAUAUAUAUAUAUAUAUAUAUAUAUAUAUAUAUAUAUAUAUAUAUAUAUAUAUAUAAACAAUCUUGCUUGAAUUUUUAAUACUUUUGUAUGUGUUAAAAGUAGAUUGUAAUCAGUCUACGAUUUGUGAUAAUAAAUAAGCAUCUGAUGUGCGAUUUAGUGUCGCACUAUAGACUGUAGAACGCCGUACCUGCUUUCAUUUCAGUGAGAUACGGAACAUGAAAUUGGGCUUAGAAAUUGCCCUAGGGGUCCAUCGAUACCCCGCUUACGUACUGACAGUCCAUUUGUAUUCUAAGAAUCCUAUAUAAGUUUGGAUAUUUUUUUAAGAUUUUGUAAUGCUCAAGGGUGGAAGUUUCCAUAUGAUAAGAGUGGUAUCCAAACAGGGCGCGUUUUCAAUCAAAUACCAAAUUAAUGCUUGUAUCAAUACGAUUUACAUACGUCAAAAAUGACAAAUGCAAUUAUUUAAUUUCUUAAUUUUUAUAUAUUUAUUUUUCUAAACGUUAAAAACAUUUUAUCGAAUUAAUAAUUUUAAUGUUAAUUCUAUUUUAAUUAAAAAAUUCAACAUCCAUAUACAUAUUCAAAAUUGGUUGCAGGAUAUUCUGUUAGCUUGAUAUUUUCAAAAACUGUGCGUUUUAUCGGAAGUGAAUUAUGUGAAAAACAGGAAAUGACGUGUGUGUAUGUACCAUGACAUUCGAUUUUAUCAUCCAAAAAAAGUGAAUAAACUUUGUCCGUAAAAUUACAGUACUUUUUACAUGAUUUCAUCUUAUUUAGAAUUUCUGCAACCGUUACUUUUUUUUUGUCAUUUUUACGUAUAUAUUUCCUGUAUGUAGUAAUACAGAUUGUGACUCCCAGUGCUUUUUGUAAUAAUAAAAUUUGGUAUUUGUCACUUCCAACACUCAGGGUAGCAAAUGUUGGGUGAGAAUUUUUGAGAUAAAUGUAUGUGAUAAUAAGUAUGAAUGCAAACAAAACCUUUAUAAUAUUGUAGUUUGCCCCUACAGAUUGGAGUAUUGUUUUUUUUUUUCUAAGAUUUAUUUUAAGGCAUUUAUUAAUGUACUUUAACAGUACCAUCAAUUUCCAAUCGAUUUAUACCAAAAAAAAAAAAAUUAAAAAUUAAAUACAUAAUUGCCCCAUGUAAAUUAAACAGGUGUUAAUUCCCUUUUAACGUAGUUAACUCUGAAAGAGAAACGUUAAGCGGGAUUAUUAGGAUCUUCCCACAAGAUAUACCCCAUCUAGUAAUUAAAACAUGAAUCAGUGAAUAAGCAAUUUUAAUUUUAUUUGCGUUGGUUCUUUCCUUCAUUUUAAAACCUCUAAUUUUAUUUAUUCAGAAAGAAGUCCUCCACAAUAAUAAUUUCUGGGUAUCUUGUAGUUCAUCGAAGAAAAAUUUAAUACAGUCUUGAGGUUUCAUUUUUUCCCAAAUAUUUUGAUAAGUAUUAAAAGAGUCAAAAAUCCAGAUAAAAUUUAGUUCUCUAAUAAGUAAAAGCGAAUAAAAAUGUGAAAUUUGUACAGGGAUAAAACACCUAGAUGGUUAUGGCUUCGAUGAUGUACUUACUCCAUCUUUACAUUUACGAAGAUAUUUCAUGUUGUACCUUGAGGAUUCUAGUUGGUAAAUGAAGUAUUGGAACGAUUUCUUUAUUUUUAAUAUCCUUAAAUUACUCGUUGACUACCUACUCAUAUAUUUCAACUAAAUUGAAUCCUGACUCAUAAUAUUUUUUUAUGAAACUGAUUUGUUAAUUUUUUUUGAGGUGGUAGCAUCUUUGUCAAGUUCCCAAUUUCAAUAUCGUAAUCUGAUUUCUUGAAUUUCAAAUCAUUGUUAUUGUUCUCAAUACCUAUCUUUAUAUGAAUCACCUUGUAUAAUUUAUUUGGGACGUUUUGUAUCCAAAAUAUAUUUUCAUGGCUGAUUUUGCUGUGAGUGCCAUUUUUUUUAUUUAUAUAGAAUGUCUCAUCAAAAAUCAAAUAGUAUUAUUAUAUAUUUUACAUAUUUUUUCAAAAAAAUUGAAAUAUUGUCAAAAGUGCAAGAAAUUCGAUGAUGAAUAAAGUAAAUUGUGAUGUAAAAACAAUCUUUCAAAAUCGUUAUGUAUAUAUAUAUAUAUAUGGUGAGACAUGCUGUAUAUGUUAUAAUUGACUCGGUAUGGCAUUUUUCCCCUCCUGUUUUAGACUAUACCGAUUUGGUUAUAAAUAUGAGCAGAAAUUAUAUCAAUAUUGUUAAUAAAAAAAAAAUUUGGUUACAACUUGAGACAUCAGUUUUUUUUACUACAAGCAUGUCGGCGUUGUGUAAAAAAUAAAGAUGGAAAUUUAUGUACCAAGUGUGCUUUAAUUUCUUAUAAAUAAAGACCGAUUUUUUUACAAA